AUGGAUACUGAAAAUACAACUGAUGAACGAAAUCAAUCAAUAUCUAAAGGAACAAUAACAACAAAAUUACGUAUGAAAGACCGUAGUCGUUCACAAACAACACCUACAAGUACAGAUAUAAAUGAUCCGGAAAAUUUAGAUUAUGAAGAUAUUGAUGAUAAUCAUUCACCAGGUAAAUUAGAAGAUAAUCAUGAAUUAGAACAAAUUAAUAAUCCGGUGAAACAAAUAAAUGAUGAAACAAAAACAUCAAUAAAUAUUCAAGAUGAAGAAGAUAAACCAUUAAAUAAACCACAAGAAAUAAAUAAUAAUAAUAAUAAUAAUACUUCAUCAUCAAUGAUAGAUAAUUCAGCAGCAGCAAGUGAUGAAGGAGAAGUAGAUGAAGCUGAUCUAGAAGAUGGUGAAAUUCAUGAUCCAAGUACAUCAAAAAAUCGAACACCAUUUACUGAUGAUCAAACAUCAGAACAAAAUCGUAAUCGAAUAAAUACAAAUAUAUCAUCAUCACCACAAGCUAAAGUUCAUUGUCGAUUUUUUCUUCAAGGUCGUUGUCAUUGGGGACCUAAUUGUAAAUUUAUUCAUCCAAAUAAUGAUUCAACAAAAAACUCAAGUGGACCAUCUAUUGAUGCUUUGUCAUCAAUAAAUAAUGAAAUUUCACCACCAGUUCCAACUGGUAUUCCUAUACCACAAACAACAACAAAUAAUGCAUGGAUCUCACCACAAGCAACAACUACUACAUCUCAAUUUUUUCCUAAUCCAGUUCUUCGUGGUGCAACACAACCAUCUGGUAUACCAUUAGUAGUGCCACCAACUGGUACAGAAUCAGCAUGGGAACGUGGAUUACGUUCAGCUAAAACACUUCGUGAACAAUCCAUGCGACGUAAACAACAAGAUAAAGAUUUUAAUGAUAAAAAAUUUAAUUUAACAAUACGUGAUGCACAGGAUGACAAAGAUGGAGAUGAUAAUAUUUUAAAUAUUGAUCGACCAUCUUCAAUUGAUUAUGAUCUGAAUAAUUUACCUGGAUCAAAUUAUGCUGAUCAACGUACUUAUUCCGAUCGAUAUCAUCCAUAUAUGUAUACAGGUUCAUCUGGUAAUUCUCAUUAUAAUAAUAAUCAUCAUCGAAAUAAUAACAAUAAUGCUCGAAAUAAUAAUAAUAAUAAUAAUAAUAAUCAUAAUAAUAAUACAUCAUCCACAAAUGAUCAUUCUGAUCGUCGUUUGCGUCAUUCAGAUGAUUAUGCCGAGACACGAAAUGAUAAUCGAAUUCGCAAAGAAAAUUCAUCAACAAAACAUAGCAAAUCAACAUCAAAAAAAGAUGAUUCAUCAUCAUCAUCUUAUAAACGAAAUUUAUCACAGCAACAGUAUACAUCCGGUUCACAUCAUAAUAAUGAUACUCAAUUACAUUUUAAUCCAUAUAGCAGUCGCCGAGGAGAUGAUUGGCAAGAUCCAUGGGAUAGAUCAAGAAAUCAUGGUAGUGGUAAUCAUCGUUCAUCAGGUGGUGGUCGAGAACGAUCCUAUUCAUCGUCAUCAUCGGCUACAUCAUCUAGAUCGAGAUCGAGAAGUAGACCAAAGCGUCGUUCACCAUCGGUAACACGUGCAACAAAACCAACAACAACAACAAAAUCAUCCGAAAUGGUUAAAAAUGGUAAUGAAAAAAAAUCAAAUAGUAAUAAAAAAUUAGUAUCACCAACAACAACAACAACAGCAGCAGCAAAUAAAUUUCUUCCUGGUCGACAAAUAUCAAGUCAUACAUUAAAAAAGGCAGAAAAAAGUAGUAAUACUAGUAAUUCAAUGGUUAAUAAUCAUUCAAAAGAUCAACAUGGAAAAGAUUCGGAUAUAAAUAUUAAAAAACAAAUAAGAAAAGAAAAUCCUAGUCGAUCGGAUAGUACAAGUUCAUCAUCAUCAUCAGAUAGUGAUACUAAUCGAAUAACACAUCGAUCAUCUAGUACAUCAUCGGAGAGUUCAAGUUCAGAGAAUGAUAUGCGAACAUCAACAAAAACAAAAACAGCUUCUGGUGGUGGUAAAACAACAGUUGGUAGUACUAGUAGUAGUAGUCAUACAACAAAAACAAUUAAUCGACAAUUAUCUUCAUCAUCAGGUGGUGGUAGUAAAAAUACAAAUACAAAAUCAAAAAAUGAUUCUAUUAAUCGUGAAUCAUCAAAAACUAAAGAAUCAUCAUUAACAUCUGCUAAAAAACGACGUGAUACAUCAUCAUCAACAGGUUCAGCCAGUACAACAAAAAAGACAAAAUUAAAUAUUGAUUCUCAUAAAUCAUCAACUGAUGCAAAUAAUGCAGAAAAUUCUGAUUCUUGUAAAAAGAAAGAAAAACAAAAAAUAUUAAAAAAGUUACAAGAAGUAGAAAAACUUAUAAAUCAACGAUCGACAAAAACAUCAUCUUGA